AUGGAUAACCAGGAUCGGCAAAGCAAUUUCAUUCCCAUGCAAGCUGGCAGUCGGAUGCAACAGCCGAGCCGUUCUCCACAGUAUCCGAGUUAUGCUAGGAUGCCAAACUCGCAGACUGUGAAUCAAUAUUCUGUCCCCCAAGGUGGAAUGAUGCCUCAAGGAGGAUCCAUGCCGAUCAAUCGGACGGUGGUGUCGAACUCACCCCGACAAGGCCCCAGGACUAGUCAGCAGGUUCCAUACAAUCAAAUGAAUCAGAGCCCUGCUGGCCCGAAACCGAAUGCCCCACAGGGUCCCAGAGGCUUCCGCACCGUCCAGGUCCCGAAUAUGCUAAAGCCUCCGCAACAGCCAAACAUGAAUGAUGGAAACUAUCAAGGAGUCAUCAACUCCGGACAACAGAUGCCCAAUUCUUGGAGACCUCAAGAAGCCAAAGACGCAGAGAUUGCAAAACUACGAUCAGAAUUAGAUCAAGCGCUUGGUCGGGAAAGGCAGCUUUUGUCUCUUGUUGAAGAACUGCGUGAUCAAUUGAACCAAUUGAAAUCUUCCCUUUCUUCAAGACCUAAGCCAGAGGCACCUCCAAUGCAGCAACCAUUACCCAACGUAAAGGAAGAGCUUGUCUCACAAAGAUCCACCAGCCCAGCCCCAAUCUCGAAGGGGCAGUGUGGCAAUUGCAUCCAUCAAGUGUGGAGUGACGAGGAACGCGUGAAGAGUGAAGAUGGUGUUUACUUCCACAAGCAAUGCUAUGAACGUGCGAUGUCAGAAAAAUCCAAAGCACCAACGAAUCAGACAGAAGAUUACAGCAAGAGCUCGAUGUUGUCACCCAAUCAACCAUUUUCACUUGCAGGCCAAGUUCCCAUGUACGAUGAGACGUUGAAAAAUACAGCACCUCAUACAGUCAAAUUGAUCAAAAAUUCGGACGGAUUCAAGCCAAUGGUCGUGGACAAGAAGCCAAUGAAUUCUGUUCCAACCAUCCGAACAUCACGAGGCAAGUGUGGAAGCUGCAAACUUGAGGUCAACAUUUCUCCAGCAUGA